AUGGGAGGAUUUGACUGCCAAACUGCGGUUUUAAAACAAACGGACAAAGCGUCCUGCGACGCUCGCCUGUCUGCGACGAAAGCGUUCGCAGAUGCUUUACGAAAAGGCGACCAAAGUGCCAAAGAAUUGUUCGCGACAGAUUCCGAGGCUUUGACUGCAAUUUUAACCAAUUGCGGGGACAAAAAUUCACAAGAUGUGUGCAAAGCCUCGCAAGAGUUACUGGAAACAGCGGCGAAAACGGUGAACGAACACGCGGUGUUGAACUACGUGGACGGGUUGAUUCAAGCGAUGGAUUCGUCGAACAGAGCCGGGACGAUCGCCGGCGCGUUGGAUUUUAUCUCGAGAUUAGCCGAGACGAGUCCGCACGGCGUGAGCUGUAACUUGGUGAGGUUGAUGCCGGUGGUGACUGGUUUGGUGAACGAUGCCUCGAGCGUGGUUGCCGAAGCCGCGAGAACGACGGUGGAGAAAGUGUGUCACACCAUCGAUAACCGGGAUAUUGAACCGUUCAUCGACGAUAUGGUGGCGGCGACCAUCGACCACGACAAGACGGACGAAUGCGUUCAAAAGUUGGCGUCGACGACGUUCGUGCAAACCGUUACUGCGGCGCCGUUGGCGUUGAUUUCGCCAAUUCUUUUGUUGGGUUUCAGGGCGAGAACGACAUCGACGAAACGCAUGUGCGCGGUGAUUUUGAACAACAUGAGUAAGUUGGUUGAAGAUCCGGAAGACGCCGAGCCGUUUUUGGACAAGUUGUUGACCUCGGUCGAAAAAGCGUCCAACGAGAUUUCCGAUCCGGAAGCGCGAACGGUGUGCGGGAAGUGCACCGAUCAGUUAAAGUCGAUCGGCGAACGAUUGGCCGAUCCCAAGUUUGUCUCCAAAAGACCGACGGAAUCGAAGUUGAAGGAGUUGUUAGGAAACGAGAUUUCGCAGUACGAAGUCAUCGUUUUGAGUUCCUUGAUCUUGAACAAGUUGGAAGAUUACGACUUUGAAGAGGCGUUGAAAGGCAAAGGGAAGCAGUACUUUGAAAAGUUGGAGAAGUUUUACUUCGAGGACGACGAGGAAGACGAAGACGACGGAGACGCCGAGGAAUUGGCCAACUGCCGAUUUACCUUGGCGUACGGCUCGAAAGUUUUGUUGCACAACACCAAGUUGAAGAUCAAGAGAGGCUACAAGUACGGUUUGUUGGGCGGGAACGAUUCUGGGAAGACGACGUUGAUGAGAGCGAUUUCUAAAGAGCAAGUCGAAGGUUUUCCUCCCGCGUCGGAGUUAAGAACGGUCUUUGUCGAAGCCGAUAUCGUUGGCGAAUUGUCCGAUUUGCCGUGCGUCGAUUACAUUUUGGCGGAUGAAAGAAUUAAAGCCGCGGGUAUUACCGAGGAAACCGUUGAGAAGAUGUUGUUGAACGUCGGUUUCGGCGAAAUGCAAAACGGUGCGAGAAACUUGGUCACCUUCUUGUCCGGAGGUUGGAGAAUGAAGUUGGCGUUGGCGAGAGCGAUGUGUUUGAACGCCGACAUCUUGUUGAUGGACGAACCGACGAACCACUUGGACGUCAUGAACGUCAAAUGGGUCGAAACCUACCUCUUAUCGUUGACGAACGUCACGUGCAUCAUCGUCUCGCACGAUACCGGUUUGCUCGACCGCGUGUGUAACAACAUCAUCGCCAUCGACAACUUGAAAUUGAAACAGUUCAAAGGUAACUUGACGGAAUACGUGGCCAAGAACCCGAAGGCGAAACAAUUUUUCGAGCUGAAAUCUGCCUCUGGAUGGAAGAUGCAGUUCCCUCAACCUGGAUUUAUUGAAGGCGUCAAGUCGAAAGGUAAACCUUUGAUGAAGAUGGCGAACUGCACGUACACGUACCCGGUGAACCAAGUUCCUACGGUGAAGGACGUUACCGUUCAAGUCUCCUUGGCCUCCCGCGUCGCGUGCGUCGGCCCGAACGGCGUCGGUAAAUCCACCAUGAUCAAGUUACUGACUGGUGAGGUUGAACCGCAAGAAGGUACGGUCUGGAAGCACCCGAACGCGAGAGUCGCGUACGUCGCGCAGCAUGCCUUUCAUCACAUCGAGCAACACUUGGACAAGACGCCGAACGAGUACAUCCGCUGGAGAUACCAACACGGCGACGACAAGGAGGCGUUGCAAAAGGAUUCCAUGACCUUGACGGAGGAGGAAAUCGAAAAGUGCAAGAAGCCUUUCGAAAUCUCGUUGCCGCCGGACGAGAAAGGCAACGUCCGCAAAUUGAAAUGGACCAUUGAGAAGCUCACCGGUGGUCGUAAGACGGUCAAGAAGGAGGUGGAAUACGAAGUUCAAUUCGUCGGUCAAUCGCACGACGCGAACAGGUACAUCAGAGCCGAUAAGCUCGAAAAGGCUGGUUUCGCCAAACACAUGAAGAUUGUGGACGAAAAAGUUGCCGCCAGAGCUGGCGCGUUGUCUACUCCGUUGACCACCGCGAAUGUGGAAAAACAUUUGGAGAACGUCGGCUUGGACAAGGAGUUUGGCACGCACACGAGAAUGGCGGCGUUGUCCGGAGGCCAAAAAGUAAAGGUUGUCAUCGCGGCGUGCAUGUGGAACUGCCCGCACAUUGUCAUUUUGGACGAACCGACGAACUACUUGGACAGAGACUCUUUGGGCGCUUUAGCUGGAGCCAUCGAGGACUACGACGGCGGUGUGGUUAUGAUUACCCACAACAACGAGUUUUGCUCGGCGUUGUGCCCGGAGACGUGGCUCAUGGCGAAGGACGAAACCGACGGCAUCGCGCGAUGUAACUGCAAAGGCGACGCCGAGUGGAUGUCAAAAAUGUCCAAGAAAGAAGUCACCGCCGCUGUGGAUCAAACCGAAUUCACCGACGCGUUAGGGAACGAGGUCAAAGUCGUGAAGAAGACGGCGCUUUCCAAAAAAGACCAAAAGAAGAAGGAAAAACUGCGCAAGGCGAGAAAAGCGAGAGGGGAAGUCGUCACCGAUACCGACGAAGACGAGUGGGCCGGCUUUGGCGAAGAAGAAUAA